AUGUCAAUUCUGGAAUACUUGGGACCUAUUGAAAAGGUCUCUGAUUAUAUUUCGGACUCAAGUGAUGAGGAUGAAUGGGACCCUUACCGCUGCAGGGGUGAACUGAGCCCUGGGAUACCAUUUUUAGCAUGCAGUGAUGAAGAUCCCGACAGUGAAGAUGUCCAUGGAUGUGGGGAGGACGAAGUAGUGGAAACUCUGGCAAAGAGAGUCAGAGCUGCUAAUAGACUUGUGGAAGAGAUGCCAUACCAUCCAAAGUAUGGCUUCAACUAUGCAACAAAUAAGUCAGAUUGUGCACGGCAGUCUAAAGCGAAGGAAGUUGUGAUGUGCCACUCACAGACUCGAGGCCCAUAUGGAAAGGGACCAGUAAUCGCCAACAAAGCAGAGCGAACACGGAGACUUUAUGCAAGAAAAGACUGUCAGGCAGGUCUGAAACAGACACAACUGGAUGGAUUCCUUCUCAAGAAACCCAGUACCACUCUUGAACCCACCACCUCCACAAUGUCCAGCGAUGUGCCCACUUCUAGCACCCCACCCCUGAAUGAUCCAUCCAACAUUAUUAUGGCCAAGCCAAGUGGAAGCGUGCCAUCAAUGUGUUGGGCCUUCCCUUGA